AAUCUCCCUCUCACUUCAUUUCUUUUCUCCGUUGUCACAAACUUAGGCCAAGUGUGUGGCAAAGUGAAAGAAAAGAAGAAAAAAAAAGGAAGUUCCAAUUAUGGGUGAUUUGACACAAAAAGGUGCUUUAGAGGAUGAAAAUUAUGGAAGCAGUAGCAAUCGCAGGGCUGAGACAAUGCUGAGAUUGCUGCCUAUGGCUCUAUGUAUAGUGGCACUUGUCAUCAUGCUCAAGGAUUCCCAAACCAAUGACUUCGGUUCACUUUCUUACUCUGACCUUGGAACCUUUAGGUACCUAGUACAUGCAAAUGGAAUUUGUGCUGCUUAUUCCCUUGUAUCAGCUAUAGUUGCAGCUCUUCCUCGUCCUACUACCAUGCCUAGAGCCUGGAUAUUCUUUCUCCUCGAUCAGAUCUUGACAUACAUAAUAAUGGCUGCCGGAGCUGCAUCAACAGAAGUGGUAUAUUUGGCAUAUAAAGGGGAUACUGCUGUUACAUGGAGUGAAACAUGUGGUUCAUUUGGAGGUUUCUGCAAAAAGGCCACUGCAUCUGUUGCCAUCACAUUCAUUGUGAGCCUUUGCUAUGUUGGGAUUUCUUUGCUUUCAUCUUACAGGCUUUUCAGCAAAUAUGAUGCACCAGUUGGGCACUAUAAUAACAAGGGAGGUAUAGAGAUAGCUAACUAUUGAAAUGAAUGAAUAAAUGGUCAUUGUAUCAAGAUGUCCAUGUCUGGCUACUAGUUUUUUGGUUUCACUAGCCUAUGUACACUACAGAAUGUAAUAAAUUCUACUUCCCCUAUUUCAUUAUAUAUUGAGAUAUUUGACUA